AUGCCAUCUAAGUUUUUAUCAUUCAAGAAGCACCACUACAAUCACCAUGAUUCGGAAGGAGAUCCGGAAAAAUUGACAACACCCCCAUUGGGGAAGCCAUCAAACUUGGUAUCUCGUAAGUCUUUCUUAGGAAUUCCAUUAGGCAAAACUCAUUCAUCAGAGUCAUUCCAUUCCGAAUUUGAAGACCAUUCUUCCAAUCAUCAAAGACCAAAUUCAACUUACAAUAAUGACAAUGAACAAUCGAAAUCGUCAAUGGUAGAAUUAAAGCGAUUCUUUCGACCAACUAAGAAGCUUCAACAUGCCUCAAGCUCUUCUACUACUCCCUCUAGGCCCAUAACUCCAUCAAUUGAGAAUUCCGGUGCAAAGGCUACUUUUACGCAUGAUUCAGACAAUAAUAUGGUCCUUAAUACUUCCAGAAAGUUUUUAGAUGAUCUUGAGGGAUCAUUAGUGAAAAAAUAUGGAAAGCUAGGUAAGACUCUAGGUUCUGGAGCUGGCGGUUCCGUACGUUUGCUGACAAGAGAGUCCGACGGUGUAACUUUCGCUGUAAAAGAGUUCAGACCUAGGCGACCGAACGAAAACUCCAAAGAGUAUGCAAAGAAGUGCACUGCUGAGUUUUUCAUUGGGUCAACUUUAAAGCAUCCCAAUGUGAUUCAAAUUUUUGAUAUCAUUUCCGAACACAGCCACUAUUACCAGGUUAUGGAAUAUGCUCCGAUUGACUUUUUUGCUGUCGUUAUGUCUGGAAAAAUGUCACGCUCCGAAAUCAAUUGUUGUUUGAAACAGAUUACUUUGGGAGUCGCUUACAUGCAUUCUGUCGGCUUAGCACAUAGGGAUUUGAAAUUAGACAAUUGUGUGGUAACAUCUGAUGGCAUCAUAAAGUUAAUCGAUUUUGGAUCCGCAGUCAUAUUUAAAUACCCCUUCGAAGAGAAGCCAGUAGCGGCUCAUGGAAUCGUAGGAUCUGACCCAUAUCUGGCCCCAGAAGUUCUAACCAGUACAAAAUCUUAUGAUCCACAAGCUGUUGACGUGUGGUCUAUAGCUAUUAUAUAUUGCUGCAUGACGUUGAGGCGUUUUCCUUGGAAGGCUCCAAAACUAACUGACAACAGUUUCAAGCUUUACGCUAUGAAUGACGACGAGCCUCAUGAUUAUGUUCAGAGUGCUUUGCACCACAAACAUCUAUUGCAAAAGAGGAAGCAAAAAGCUUUGGAAUUACAAUUGAACACAGAGUCAAAUACAACCACUACUGAUAAAGAGCUGGUACCAUCGAUAAAACAUCCCAACGAAAUGGCACAGCAUGAGGUCAGCAAAAGUGUAGAGGGAGUCGAAGAAAUAGGGCCAGCUGAACUUAGGACCAGGGAAACAUUAAAGAUCAUCCGAGAUAAGGAGAAUACUGGAGCCCUGACAAAGCAGUUUGAAGAUAUACACAUAGAAAACAACGUUCGACCCAAUAGUCCUGAGGCAUCUUUACCUAGACAACAAGAUUCGAAACCUGAACGUCGACAUGCCGGCCAUACCAAGAUUCAUAAGCAAAUACAUGGUCGCUACCGACUUAUGAGGCUAUUACCUCAUUCUGCUAGACCUAUUAUGUCUAGAUUGUUAGAGAUUGAUGUUGAGAAAAGGGCAACUAUAAAGGAUCUUUUAGAAGAUGGAUGGUUCUCUGAGAUUAAGUACUGUACCCAAGAUGAAAGAGGAAACGUGAUCUCCGCAGAGAAUCAUCAACAUACUAUUGUGCUUGGAGAUGUUGAUACAGCAGUGCCAUCUGCAUGA